AUGUCGAUUUAUUCAUUGGAUUCAUUGAAUUCUGCGGAUUCUUUUUCACCCUCGGUAUCUAGAGGUACAAGUAGACGUCCAACGGCAAGACCGACCACAAUGGCCACCAGUGUCGCAGCACAGGACAUCAUCUGCGCCGUCAGUGAAUCGCGGGGCGUCUCAUCCACCAUUGGCCUCGCAUUUGUCAAUCUUGCGACAGCUGAGGCAGUGCUCUGUCAGAUAUGUGACAGCCAGACUUACGUCAAGACAAUCAUCAAGAUUGGUGUUUUUGAACCCAGCGAGAUUCUGUUCAUGAACACUGCCAAAGAGUCGAAGCUCCGUUAUAUCAUCCAAGAGAAUCUGCCUGAUCCUAUAUUCACGUUCCUAGACCGCAGGUGGUGGUCUGAAAAGACAGGUCAUGAGUAUGUGGAACGGAUGGCCUUUCCAGAGGAAGUCGACUCGCUCAAGGUGACUCUAGGCGGGAACUAUUUCGCAGCAUGUUGCUUUGCCGCAGUCCUCAAGUAUGUUGAAGUCGAACUCCAGCGAUCUUUUACCGCGCAUUCUCUUCGGAUACGCUUCGAACCGUCCCAGGGGUCCAUGACAAUUGACUUGGCGACUAUUGUGUCUCUCGAACUUAUCCAGAACCUGCAGAAUGCGAAGUCUAAAGAAAGUUUGUUUGGGCUAUUGAACGAGACAUUGACGACUAUGGGGGCCAGACUUCUCCGAGCUAGCAUUUUACAGCCUUCAACGGAACGAGUCAAGUUGACAGCCAGAUACAAUGCCGUGGAAGAUUUGGCCACCAAAGAGGAUAUGUUUGUGUCUGUCAGGCAGGCUCUCAAGGGCUUCAUUGACGCAGAUAAAGUGUUGACUGCGGUAGAGUCUCGAGGUUCGCGAGUAUUGAAGACUUGUGCUAACAGAUUCAAGAUCAUCUUGGUUCCCACCAAGCGGACAAUCCAAUACGUCGAGCAGUCCGUCAACAAUGUCAUCAUGCUCAAGACUUAUGUAUCUUCGAUCAAAAACAUUUUCCAAGCGCUUGGAGCAGCACAAAGCGAUUUGCUGCUUACCAUACGCGAAUUGUGUGCUCCCGAAGGGUAUCGUUCGAUUGAGGACCUGAUUAACACAACUUUGAAUGAGAAUGUAGCCUACCAGUCAAAGCCACUUGAUCUAAGGAAUCAGCGCAUUUACUGUGUCAAGGCCGGCGUCAACAAGAAUUGUGAUAUGGUCUUGGACUUGAAAUAUGACACAGCCCGGCAAUACUACAUCUGUAUCCCUGCUACAGAACCAGGUCCACUUCCGGAUGUUUUUAUCAACGUAUAUCGCAAGCGAAAGUGCAUCGAGUGCCAGACAUUGGAUUUGGUCAAACUCAAUCAAAAGAUCACUGAUGCCCAUAGCGAGGUGAUCAAUAUGAGCGACCAGACAAUCCAGGACCUGCUCCGAGACGUGUGCACUGAAGUAUCCGGGCUUUUUCGAGUCAGUGAAGCAAUUGCAAUGCUAGACAUGCUCGCAGCAUUCGCUCAGCUAGCAACGAACUAUGAUUACAUCAGACCAGAGCUGACCGACACUCUCGCCAUCAAGGCGGGACGUCAUCCAAUUCGAGAACAGAUUCAUAAUAGCAAGUUUAUCCCGAACGACGCAUAUGCAACACCACAAACAAGAUUCCAGAUCAUCACAGGUUGCAACAUGAGCGGCAAGUCAACCUACAUCCGGUCACUGGCCCUGGUUACAGUCAUGGCGCAGGUAGGCUGCUUCAUCCCAGCUCAAUACGCCUCCUUCCCAAUCUCCCACCAGCUCUUCGCCCGCAUCGCCACGUCAGAUGAUCUAGACGCCAACGUCUCAACCUUCGCAGCAGAGAUGCGGGAGAUGGCAUUCAUUCUUCGUAACAUCCAGCCACGCAGUAUGGUCAUCAUCGACGAGCUGGGCCGCGGCACUAGCACAACCGAUGGUCUUGCCAUCGCCGUCGCGCUGGCAGAAGCACUCAUUUCUAGUAAUGCCCUGGUCUGGUUUGUCACGCACUUCCACGACCUGGCGCAGAUUCUCGCAGAGCGCAGCGGUGUGAUCAAUCUCCACUUAGCAGCCGAGAUCGCCCCGGAUGCAUCCAAGAUGACUAUGCAGUACCGCAUUGCGGAGGGUCCCGUUCCAGAUCGUCGGUAUGGGCUUGUCCUCGCCAAGCUCGCUGACCUCCCACCUGCCGUCUUGAAUAAGGCGCGCUCUGUCUCAGAGGCGAUGGACCAGCUGGCUAAGCGUAGAAACAGCCCGUCGCGUGCUGUUGCUAUUGCCCAGAAGCGGAAGUUGCUUUUGUCUCUGCGUGAACAGUUAUUGCUCGCCCGUGAUGGCACGAUGGAUAAGGCUAGUCUUCGGGCUUUCUUGAUUAAACUGCAAGAUGACUUUGUGCUGCGCAUGACUGCCAUCAACAGAGAAAUGGAGGUAUACCCCGGCGAUGAAAGUGAGACAGAAGCUCCCAUUGAACCUGUUUCCAACGUGUCGGUUCAUACACGUGAAACCCAUGCGUUGGGUUCGAGUGAGAACAACGGGAGAAUGGACAACACACUUGUGUCCGAGCCCAUUGUGAUCGAUUCUGAUUCGGAUUGCGAGCCCGAGGAUGUCACUGACAAUGAUAGUGUGGUGCUGGUCUGA